CUGCAGAAGGCCAGCGGACAUGUCAUCGGGGCCAAACAAGCAGCAGGGAAGCCCUGGAACGCCAGCAACGCCGGCCACGCCAGGGUCAGCGGCCACGACGGCACCGACAGCACACACGCCUGGGGGCAGCACGCCGGGCAGCACGGCAGCAGCGGUCGACCCGAACGCUGCUGCAAUCAACGCUGCUGCAAUCAACGCUGCAAGCACGCAGCAGCAGCAGCAGGCGCAUGCGCAAGCGCAGCAACAGGCCCGGACACAGACGCAGACGCAGGCGGCGGCAGGCGGCUCGACCAACUCCGACCUGCCGUUCAACUUGAACAGACUCGUCCUCGAGUACUUGACGCGGAAGGGCUACCACCAGACAGAGGCGACGCUCCGGAUCGAGGCGACGAAGAUCCCGGGCGCCCAGUCGUUCAACCUCACGAACGCCAACUCAAACUACGAGCCGCCCGCCACCGCGGCGUCGGACCGCUCGAACCUCCAGUUCCAGCAGCAGCAGUUCCUGCUCAAGCAGAACGUCUCGAAGCAGAGACAGUUCGACCACGACCCGAAGAUGUUCAGCAGGGCGUACCUGCUCUACCGCUCGUGGUGCGAAAACUCCUUGGAGAUGUACAAGUACGAGUUGGAGAAACUGCUCUUCCCCUUCUUCGUGUACUCGUAUCUCGCGUUGAUCCAGCGCAAGGAGACCGAGGAGGCGCAUGGCUUCCUCCUGAAGUUCAAGUCGGACCACGUUCUCUCCCACAGCCAGGAAAUCAAAAAUCUCCUCACCAUCACCCUUCCGGAGCAUCUCUCCGAGAACAAGUACGCCAACCUCUUUCUGCAGAACAAGUACCGGGCCAACCUUUCCAGCACCUCCUUGAACUUGAUCUUGGGCUUCUUGAACGAAAACCAGGCCAUCGGCGGCGGCAUCCUCGUGCGGUUCUUGAACAACAACUUCGAGAUCCACACCCAGUUGGAGGUCACCACCUCCUCCAACGACAACCAGGAUAACCUCGAGGGUAUCCCCGAAAUAUACCAGUUGAUCAAGUUGGGCCCCGAGCAUGACAACGAAAACUUCAAGUCGACCAGAGCGUCGUUCAUACAGGAGAAUGAAGAGCCGCUCAAGCUUGGGCCCUAUCCGAACGAUGACGAUUUCACCAAGGAGUUGGAGGCAGAGUUGAAACACAAAGACGACGCCGCUAAUAAAAGCCAGGCCAACGACGAUGUCGGCGCAGCAAAGCCAGCCAGCUCAAAGCCCACUUUGAUGCAGGAGUACAACGAAAACUUCAAAAUAGAUCCGAAAAAUGAAGACUCUCCUGCCAGAGAUACACUCCCUCUACCUCAAAAGACAGUUUACGAUUUGAAGCGUUCCAUACAGGAAAUUCAAGACUCACGUGCAAAAAUCAGACUCACGUCGUCUUCCUACUCCCAUCUUAACAGUACCAGUGCAAACAAUGCUAACGGUGGCGGACGUACCACUUACAUAUCCCAGCCUUCUCUCCCUUCCGUUUGUAUGUACACUUUCCACAAUACCAAUAACGACCUGACGAAUUUGGCCUUCCACCCGGAUUCGACCAUGAUUGCCGGCGGAUUUCAAGAUUCUUUUGUCAAGUUGUGGAGUAUAGACGGCUCUCCGCUACGCUCGGUACUGAAAAAUGACCCCUACAACAUAGAGGUCGAUAAUGAAUCCAAUCAAGGGUUGCCUACCAAUACCAGUAGAAAAUUGGUUGGCCAUUCGGGUCCAGUUUAUGGACUCUCGUUUUCUCCAGAUGGGCAUUACUUGCUUUCUUCUUCGGCAGAUUCAACUGUUAGACUUUGGGCGCUAGAUACGUACAGUGCAUUGGUUUCCUACAAGGGCCACGGAGGUGCAGGUGGCUCAAGCUCGCCUGUCUGGGAUGUGGAGUUCUCACCACUUGGACAUUAUUUUGCAACUGCUUCACAUGAUCAAACAGCCAGAUUAUGGUCUUGCGAUCAUAUCUAUCCUUUGCGUAUCUUUGCCGGCCAUUUGAACGACGUCGAUGUGAUAAAAUUCCAUCCAAACGGAACAUAUCUCUUCACCGGUUCGAGUGAUAAAACAGUGCGUAUGUGGGAUGUUGCGAGAGCAGAGAGCGUCAGGCUAUUUGUUGGACAUACCUCCCCGAUCAGCGAUAUUGCAUGCUCUCCUGAUGGCCGUUGGUUGGCGACUGCUUCCGUCAGCGAAGAAAACUACCUCAACACUUCUUUUGGCUUAAAUAACUGGGCAAACAGUAUAGGAGGUGGGUUCACCCCAAGUGGUGGAUCGCUGUCGUCAAAUGCAAAGCAUGCUGAUGGCUCAGAUAACCAAAUUAAUGAUUCCAAGAACUCUAAAAAUGAUAAUGAAAAGAGUAGCAAAGAUGACAGUAGUAACGAAAAUGAAAAAUCAGGCGAUAACGUUAAUGGCACAUCAAAGUCUUCCAGAGCCGCAGGCAAUUCGAACAUGAGUUUCACCGGAAGUGUCAUCCAUGUUUGGGACAUAGCUUCAGGCAGGAAGUUGAAAACCAUGCGUGGUCAUGGUGCUGGAGGUAUUCACUCUUUAGCCUGGAGUCGUGGUGGUGAAGUCCUAGUAUCUGGUGGCGCAGAUGGUAGUGUUAGAGUUUGGGAUGCCAAGCGUGGAACUAUGGAUGCAGUCAGUGGAGGACAACCUGAGAGGUUUAUUCCUGCUGCUAAAUCAUCCGGCUCGAUGGCCCCAGGCUCUGCUGGAGCCUCUGCGGGCGCCUCUUCCAAGGAUGGAGUCAAGAACGGAGACUUCAAGCAGGGUGAUGGAAGUGGUGAAGAUCUGAAAAAUGUGGUUGUGAAUAACUAUAGCUCUAGUGAUCAUAUGGGCGUUUACUUUACUAAGAGAACCCCUGUUUACAAGGUGGAAUUCACUAGAAGAAACUUGUGUCUCUCGGCCGGCCCUUUCAUGGGCUAACCUUUUUGCAUAAAUAUGUAUUAUUUUCUGUACUCUAAUCUUUUUCCUCAAUAUACAUAGAAUUUAUAAAUAGUUAAUAUAUGUAUGUAUCUGUAGCAACAAGACUAUCAAGAAAGUUUCUGUUAUGAUCAUUGUCGUCAUUGUCAGCAUCAUGAUCGUCAUUCCCAAUUAUCGGAAUAUUCAUAAACAUAAUCAAUCGCUCCAAUAAGUCCCAAGGCAUCUCUUAAUUUCGAUUUCAACAAAGAAGGUGUCUCUUCUUCGUCAAAUUCAAUAUCAUACCCAUUUAAGCACAUUAUCAUGUUGUGUCUGGAAAUCCCAUCAAUCUCCUCAGCACUUUUAAAUUCACAACAAGCAGGCGGCAA